AUGCCUGAUGCCUUAUCCAAAACCGUCCCCAUCUGGUGCGCCGUCAUCAACCGAGCCCUGUUCCCGUCCGACCCGGCUUUUCACCCCGUGCAAUUCCCGCCGAAUUUCCUGGGGGCCUCGGAGGAGUCGCAGAUUGAACGCCGCAUCGACGGUUUUGUCCAAUCGCUCAAGUUUUUGCUCACCGGAGACCAGGACCUGAAACUCGACCUGGAUGAUCUCAGGCAGCAAUUAGGCCGGCCCAUCCGCGUCGCCUGGGCAAAUCGCGCAUACUUCCACCCGACCGAUCUGCGCAAAGGCGCCGGCUACAACCUAUUCGUCCUGUGCUCCGCCUCCAAACGGGUUCAUGGCGCGGAAAUGUCCGAGGGCGGCUACAUCCAGGGCGCCGGCGACGACAGCGAGGCUUGGGCCCACGGGCUCACCCCACCCGUCUUCUGGCCCAACAAGGAUCUCCUCUUUCGCACUCCCGAGGAGGAUCUGCCCGAGCUCAUCGCGCAGCUGGUCGAGACCCAUCGCCCGCACGGCGCCGACCAUCAGGCUACGCGCAUCGCGCCCACGCGCAACCUGUACAUCAGCCAGACGGAUGCGCGGGUGAAUGACGGCGGUCGCUAUGACCUCGUCAUUGACUGUAACGGGGAUCCGCAGGCUGCGCAGGAUGAUCCGAGGCGACUGCAUCUGGGGUGCGCAUCGCUGAAGCUCGGCAGUCGCGAUCUGCGAAAGCAGCUCGACAAGGUCCAGACGUUUGUUGCCGCGCAGCUGGGUGCAGAUCCGUCGCGGUCGUUGCUGGUCACUUGUGAGUCGGGGCAAGGAUCUAUCAGCGGGUGCAGCGUUGGCGAUUUAUUUGCCUAUUCUACGACGAGAACGUUCAUCCGCCAGCGUCUCGCGUGGAUCGUGUCGUCGAAACACGAGGUGAAUCCGUCGCGGUCUACGCUGCAGUCUAUCAAUGCCUUUCUGAUGGAGCGACCCGAUUACUGA